AUGGAAUACGUAAACAGCGGCGAGCUCUUCGACUACAUUGUAAAGCACUCAAGACUAGAAGAAGCGGAAGCCUGCAAAAUCUACCACCAGAUUAUUGCUGGGAUUGAAUACAUUCAUAAGUUGAAUAUUGUUCAUAGAGAUCUGAAGCCAGAAAAUCUGCUUCUUGAUCACAACAAAAAUAUAAAAAUUGUUGAUUUUGGUCUUAGCAACACUUAUAAGCCAGAUGAGCUCUUAAAAACGGCUUGUGGCAGUCCUUGUUAUGCAGCCCCAGAAAUGAUCGCAGGAAAAAAAUACGCAGGGAUUGGGGUUGAUAUAUGAAGCUCAGGGGUUAUUUUGUUUGCUAUGAUAUGUGGAUAUCUGCCAUUUGAAGACCCAAAUACUUCGCAGUUGUAUAAAAAAAUUUUGGCUGGGGAUUACCAUUGUCCGAAGUUUAUUUCAAAUUCAGCGAAAGAGUUUUUGAAAGGGAUUUUAAACACUGACCCUGCAACUCGUUGGAAUAUUGAGCAGAUAAGAAAGCACGCUUGGUUUACCCAGGUUGCGCAAGAUGUAAGCUUAGGGAUUCUGGUGGGAUAUGAUAACAUUUCAGUCGACCAAAGCAUUUUAAAGCAGCUUGAAAAGUUUGGUUAUGACCUGGAGCACACAAGGAAAUGCUUACUCAGUUUGAUUACUCCCCCCCUUUAAACUGGAACAAAACGUCAGUAAAUUUUCCAUUUUUUUUUUUGUAUUUUAACCCUUUUAAACUGGAAAAAAAAUUCAAUAGGAAAAUUUGAUAGGUAAAAAUACUAAUUUUUAUAAACUUAAUUUUGGCCUAAUUUAAUGGUAAAACUGUAAUUAGAGUGCUAUUUAAACAGUUUCAGACUAAAUAGAUUAAUUUUUUGGAUUAAUUGUUUAUAAAAAUAAAUUAAAAUUCAAACUAUUGUGCUCAAUUUAUAUUUUUGUUAAAAUUUUUAGAACAAAAAACAUAAUUGUUUUUUAAUAAAAAAAGUUAACCCCCCUUUAAAUUCGAACAAGAAUUUUUGUUCCAUUUUAAACGAGGAGAGUUAGUAAGAUAUUUUUGUUCUCAAGUAAUGUUCAUUUAAUUUUUUUAAAAAUCAAAAUUUGAAUGUUAUUAAUAUCAUAUUUGUCGUAAAUAGACAUCUAUUGAGUAUUUUGAUUAAUAAAAUUUAAAUUUGAUUUUUCAAAAUUAUAUGGAUUGCCAAAUAUAUUGGCAAGCCACCUAAUAUCUGGCUAAAAAAUAAUUCUUUGUUGAGUCAUUAAUUUUAAACUAAUAUAUGCAUCAAAAUAUUAUAUAAAAAUAAUUUUUGAAGUCAUCAUAAAGUAGAUUUUCAAUAUUUUUUUCUCUUGAACCAAGGGCUUGUUAGAAGCAAACAAGCAUAAUCAUGUGACAAGUGCUUAUUAUUUAUUAUUGAAAAAGCAUUUAGAUCAAGGCGGGAUUUCAGUUGCAGAUUAUUCCUACAUGUCUGAGCAUGAGCUAGCUCUUAUGUCAAUCAAACCAAAUCUAAAGUUAAACAAAACUCUUGCUGUGGCAGCUCCUCAUCCUCCUCAAGACAAAGGCCAAGUCCUCACUCCUUUUCCAAGGCACCGAAAGUACAUUGAAGCAUCUGUGUCAAGAAGAGCCGAAAGUAUAGGGAACAAUAAAGAUUACGAUUUCAUCAAUCAAUUAUUUGCAACCCAAAAUCUUCAUAAGAAAAACGCUUCUCAACACGUCGCAAAAAGUUCAUCUAAAGGUAAAGAAAGAUAUUCAGCUUCUCCGAACACGAAAAACUCGAAAUCAAAACAAAUGACCUAUCGAUUUCCUAAUAAAAAAAUAGCGACUCCAAGGCCACCAAGUGUUUCUAAGAAUUUUGAAGAGAAAAGAAGAGGGAGAAGCAGCAUAAAUGACAGCUUUGGGAAAGGUCUGGACUUAAAUAUAACCUAUAGGUUUAGCCCAAGAGCGUCUUCAGCAAUUGAUGGGAAAAAAAGAUAUAGGUCUAAAAGAGAAUCUUCUUUGGGAAUCAAAUAG